AUACGGUUAAAAAUAAUGUGACGUUGAACGUAGUUUGGCUAAUUUCCAAACUGCGCAUGCUCAGGUUCAUCCCGGAAGUUUUGAAUCUGCAGCAGACAGUAGAGCCAGCGGCCCGUCCGCCCAAAGGAGAGCUCAGACAUUAGUUGGACCGGAACCGUCGACGGACCGGAGGAUUCUCCGGUCCCGUCUCCUCGCCACAUGUCCGGAUUCGAACUCGUCCCGGUUGAAGGCGGAGAUCCAGUACACCUUUUGCCGGGUGAGACUGUGUUAGGCCGGGGUCCGUUACUGGGCAUCAGUGAUACCAGAGUGUCGCGGAACCACGGGCUCCUGGAGAACCGGAACGGACUCAGACUCAAACCGACCCACCUGAACCCGUGUUUCGUUCAGUCCUCGCUGGAUGAUGACCCUCGACCUCUGCAGAGAGGCUCCUGGCACCAGCUGCAUCAUGGAGACCUGUUCUCUCUGCUGCCGGGUCGACUGAUCUUCAGGGUGGAGGCUGUUGAAGAGGAGCACACGCCCAGGAACAGUCAGAACUAUGAAGAUGAAGCUACCAGACCAGAUGUGGAAUCUUCUCCAGGUGUUGAACCGGAACAGAAUCGAGCUUCACCUCAGCCAGCAGCUCAGAACGGGGGCGGGUCCAACCGUCUCAGCGUGAGACCGGACAAACCGACCCAACAGGUGGCCGGAGCUCUGGAGGCUCCGUCUGCUCCCAGGAGGAGGGUUCUACCAGCAUGGAUGUCUGCAGCUGUCUCAGCCGGGAGUCUGUCCUCAGUUCCGUCGCCUGUGAAGAAAAACAAACAAGCUGCUGCGCCGGCCACGCCCACUGUCACAUCCUUACCAGAUGGGGCGGAGCUCAGUGAUGAGGAGGAGGAGGAGGAGCCAAGAAAAAGAAGAAAGAUGAGCAAAGAUGAAAAACAUCAAUCUGAAACAGGUGAUCCUGCUGAGUCCUCAGUCAGAUUUGAGCCGAAACCCAGCAGGUUAAAGGUCACCGACAAGGCAGCAGGACACUCUGCAUCUGAGCAGGAGGACAAAGAGAAGUCUAGACCUCAGGUCAGAACUCCGUGUCCGUAUGGGAAGGACUGCUACAGGAAGAACCCAGUCCAUUUCCAGGAAUGUAGUCACCCCGGUGACCCAGACUACGAGGAGGAGGACCGACCCGAGUGCCCGUACGGUACCGACUGUUACAGGAAAAAUCCUCUUCACCUGCAGCAGUUCAGCCACACAAAGAAACCCGUUCGAUCCACUCGGAACGUCACCAAACUUCCCCUUGAUGAAGACGAGGAAGACUCCGGAGGGGACGACAGCUUUAUUAAUGACGACAGCGAGGACGUUGGUGACGACUCAGACUUUGUCCCGCCGGACUCAGACGACAGUGAGCAGGAGGACGUCCAGAGCCUGCAGAAAGAAGCCAAGGCCUUCCUGAAGAAGAGGAAGUAGGAUGCACCUUUGGUCCUGAUAGGCUGGGCCGCCCUAACCCCAUCCUGCUGAUGGUAGACGUCUCCUGCUUCAACACCAGAGCUGGAUGUAGAAACCAGAACAGGAUGAACAUGUAAAACACACUGGACUCUCAGGACUGAAGGAGACAAAGCCACGGGUUUGAGGUUUUUAGGAGGUGAUCAGGAUUUACUCCUCUUCCUCCUGCUGCUGUAAAUAAAUGUUUUAUUUUCUAGUUGAAAUCCAUCCAAAACAUCUGCUGCUGGAGGAGAACUCAGUUCUGUCACGUUUUGGUUUUAAGGAGUUUUUUGCCAACAUUGUUUUUUAUUGGGUUAGUAGAACAACAAAACAAAAUAAACAAAUCAAACAUGAAA